CGACGCAGACGCCCCGCACGGAGGUGGCGGGCGCGUGCGCAGUCCGAAGCCACGCCCCCCCGGUUGCCAGGAGACGACGUAGGCGCCCCACCCACCCACGCCGGCAUCUUCAAAGAGCGAGGGCGGCCCAGCGUUGGCUGGUGCCAAGAUGGCGGUGGAGAUGCGCCUCCCCAAGGCCCGCAAGCCUUUCAGCGACCACGUGGAUGGCGACGGCCAGAGGCACUUGGUGGUGCCGGGGGAUACGAUCACCACGGACCCCGGCUUCAUGAGAGGUCAUGGGACCUACAUGGAAAAUGAGAAGCUCAUCGCCUCUGUGAUGGGCUGUGUGGAGAGAGUAAACAAACUGAUCUGUGUGAAAGCUUUGAAGACAAGAUACAAUGGUGAAGUUGGAGAUAUCGUGGUGGGAAGAAUUACAGAGGUUCAGCAGAAGCGGUGGAAGGUGGAGACCAAUUCCAGGCUUGACUCAGUCUUACUUCUCUCCUCCAUGAAUCUCCCGGGAGGAGAAUUGAGACGAAGAUCAGCAGAGGAUGAACUUGCAAUGAGGGACUUCUUGCAGGAGGGGGACCUGAUCAGUGCUGAGGUCCAGGCGGUGUUUUCUGACGGCGCCGUGUCUCUGCACACUCGGAGUCUGAAAUACGGCAAACUUGGGCAGGGCGUCCUGGCCCAGGUUUCCCCUUCUUUGGUGAAACGGCAGAAGACUCACUUCCACGACUUGCCCUGUGGCGCUUCGCCCAUCUCCAUGACAGAUCGUGAGGUGAUAUCCAGGCUGCGGAAUUGCAUCAUGUGUCUGGUUUCUCAGAAGGUGAUGUUAUAUGACACAAGUAUCCUCUACUGUUAUGAAGCGUCUCUUCCCCAUCAGAUCAAGGACAUCUUAAAGCCAGAAGUCAUGGAGGAGAUUACAAUGGAAACUCGCCAGAGACUUAUGGAGCUGGAGGGAUAGGAAGAUAGGAAAGACUGUAAUCAUUGCUUAGAACAGAGGUUGCCAGUUUUUGGUCUCCUAGUCCCCCUCGCCCCCAUUAUUGGGACAUAAAGCCCCAUCCACAUAGACCAGCAGAGCACGUAUAAGCAAGCCUUCAAAAAAUAUCAAAACAAUGCUGCCGAAGCAUAUAUUCCACGGAUCAAGGGGUUGGAUGACAGUGCAAAGCCUUGGAACUACCCAUUUUGUACUAUGUGCCAGGCCUUCUUCUAAUUGCUCUCAUUUUUGUACUAUGUGCCAGGCGCUCAUUUUUUAAAUUGAAAGUUCUGAAUUAGGAGUUUCUCACUGGUGUCCCCAUUAAAUUAUAAGCCCCUUAAGGCCAGAGGUAACUUAUUCCUUGUUAAGUCCCAAGCCUCUCACUUGCCAUGUUUUUUGUUGUUGUUGUGGUUUGUUUUUGUUUUUAAGUGGACGACGUGAAAGGCUCCCCUUUACCUGGGAUUUUACCCAGAAAGUGUGAUCUUCCAUUACAUUGGUCUCGCUCUCCAUUCUUUAUUUCCAUGUCUCAUUUCUUGCUCCAUUCCACAGCCUUAAAUUCCUUUGCUUUCCAGGAUUCCUCACUGUGCACAGUAGAAAAAUUAACUGGUUUUCAGAUAGGAUCUUAUUGAAGUGGGUUUCAAGAGAAGACACUUACAGCUCAGGAUUAUGAAUGAAGACCCGUAGUCCAGCGACUUUAUCAAGCCAUCUUGCCUCUUUUGGAUCCUCAUGAGUGAGAACACCCAGAAAGGAAGGUAUUGUUAUACAUUUUUGCAAACGGCCUAGCGUUAGUUAAGAAUCUGUGAGCCGGGACCUUUGGGGAUUGAAUACAGCUUGCUGUUUAACUAUUUUCUCAGUCUCUUAAUUUGUAAUGAAUCAAUUCCUUUUUUAACAAUAAAAUGUCAGAUAUUUGGAGCA